AUAGAAAACUCCGAAACUUGAAGCAACAGUCGAAUCGUAUUCUUCUCAAUCUAACUUACUAAUCAACAGAAAUGAAAUGCUUUGUAGUUUUCGCUUUUCUAUGCAUUUCUUUCGCAUUUUGUGAAGAGUGUACUCCAGAUGAUUCAUUAUUAAUCAGUAGGUUCAAAAGACAAUCCAACAAAUACAUAUACCCAAUGACUGGUACGUGGUUCAAAGAUAGUACAAGCGGUAAAUAUUAUUUCAAACAAGGCAACAGCAUCUAUGUUCAAAGAAAUGACGGUUUUUAUUCAAAAUGGGUGACUAGCGGAAAUGGAGCAGAGUAUGUUCGUAACGACAAAUUCAAAUGGACAUGGGACAAGCAAGGAAGAUUAUAUCCCUUAGUGGAUGACUGUCCCACCAAACUGAAAGAAAACCAGAAAUUUGGUAUACCCAUCAAAUGUUUGGGAGGACAAUGUCCAGAUCAAGCUAGAUUUCCAUCUGGUGGUAUUUGGCACUACACUAACUGUAAAUAUUACUACGACAUCGGAGACACCAGUUACGAACUCUGUCACAACGGAUUCUACAAGAAAUGGACAAAGAAACCUCCAAGUGAUGAAGCUGUACAAAUCUGCCCUGAUGACUGGACAUGGGAUACCCAAACUGGAGAAUGGGAACCAGUACCAAACAGUGAAAGGAGAACAUGUACUCAUGAUGAUCCUCCUUGCAAGAAGAAAAAAAAUCAGAAAUUCCUUGAAGAAUAUUCCAUUGCUCCUCCAAAAACGGCAUUCGAACUUUGAAUAGGUAGGUAACAUGAAUGCUUAUUUGAGUAAUGACAAGUGAGGGUAACAGAAAAGUGAAACUUUUUAUUAUUUAUUUAAUUUAAAACUUCCACACAUAAUUUGUUGACGUUUUUCGAAUGUAAAUUUAGCAUGUUCUAAAUUAACUAACAGAUUUGUUUAUAUGAAAAGUGUAUUGUAAAUGAAUAAAUGUUUUCUUCUUGAA